AGUGUCCAGUUUAAUAACGUGGGAAGAUGUCUGGCCGCUUGAAGCAGAAAUCAGCUGUAAACUCAGCAGAAGCCCUUGGUCUUAGCUGUAGUGAAAGAAUUCUGCAUGAAUGUUACACCAUCUACACAGAUCGACAAAAUGGGUUGAUGAACAUUGCAGAGGGACUCCAUCUCAAGCUACUGCCUCCAAAGAAGAAGAUAUUUGUCAUGUUACUGGGAAACCAUUCAGCAGGGAAGAGCACCUUCAUUAACUGGUAUGUGGAAGAGCAUAUCCAAAGAACAGGAGUUGCUGUUGAGACCCAGGGCUUCACGUUUGUGACCAGUGGAAGGAAGAGAGAGUCUCUAACUGGCAAUGCCACACUUCAUUUGUACCCUUACUUUCAGCCCCUGCAGGAGAUUACAGGUGUAGCUGAUUACCUGGCUACAGAAAUCUCAACGUCAAGGCAGAAAGCAUUCCAUUUGGUGACGUUUAUUGAUACACCAGGCCUAGUAGAUGGAGAUGUGUGUUAUGAGUUUGAUGUUGAAAAAGCACUAGUGUGGAUGGGGGAUCAAGUGGAUCUGAUCUUAGUUUUCUUUGACCCAAUGGGUCAAGCCCUUUGCAAGAGAACCCUGGACAUUGUAGAGAAGUUGAAUGUGAGAAAUGGGGAAAAGCUGAAAUUUUAUCUCAGUAAGGCUGAUGAAGCUGGUCAUGAGACUGAUAGACAGCGGGUGAUGAUGCAGAUUGUGCAGGAGCUGUGCAAACGACCAGGUCUGAACAAGUGCGGCUUUGAAAUGCCAACCAUCUACAUCCCAAAUCCUAACAAGCUUAAUCGCUGUGUGAAUCAAAUUGAUGAUGUGUGUAAAAUGAUCCAGAAGACGAUAAACUUGACAGUGCAGAACACACUGAAUCGGUUUGAAAAAGAUUGCCAGGAAAUUACAGAAAUGGUUAACAAAAGGCUAACCGAAGACAGUCAGCAGGUGUUGAAGAACAGGACAGCAAGAAGAAGACACUUUCUGUUUGGCACGUUGGGCUUCCUGUUACCUCUGUUGCUUCUGGGCAGUUUCAUGAUUGAUAGCUUCUCAGAGGAAAGUCUUGCAGGGUUCUUAGGCGAGAACAUGUCUGUCACCUUGAAACUGUGUGCAAGCACUGUGUUGACCUUUUGGCACUGGAUGAGUGCUGAUAAUCCAUUCCAGGCUUUUCUUUUCCUUCUCUGCACCUCUGCCUUUUUCCUGCUCCUGUCUCGGAUCUGUUCAGGAACACGGCCUACUCUCAGUAAGAAAGAGAGACAGAAGCUCUUAGCAAGACAGGAAUACAUCAAUGAUUUUGUGGCAGAGAGAAAGACCGAGCUCUAUGAAUUAUACCUGCAACAGAGUGUUUCAGAAUAUGACAUCAGCUAAGAAGUCAAUGCGGAUAUUGGUUUACAAAGAAGUGAAUGACUGGCUGGCGCCUGUGUCUGCUUUGAUCAUCUCCUAAUUCAUGGACAGAAAACCAAAGUGUUCUGUGUUUGAACUAAGGUGCAGAUGGCAUUUUAUAUAUCAUCUUACAGUGAGAGCUGUGCUAUUUUUUUCCAGAAAAUUUUCUGAAUUUAUAUAGUAUAAACAAGUUUCAUUUGUGAAAGUGGACAAGUCUGUAUUUGUAGUUUGUUAAUACAAUGAAUAAAUACAAAUGUUAAUAAUGCCACUGACAUGCAUUCUGAAAAUGUCAUAUUAAAAAUAUACUUGUACCAAUCAGUAUAACACAACAACUAGGGGCAUUACUCAAACCCAGCUUUGCUGGAAGCUGCAGUUUUUACUUUAUCACUGGAUUUAGUGUUUUUUUUUCAGCUGCAUAAUAACCAAUUUGUUUCUGGGGGAUGGAGAAAAUGGCAUGUCAUUAAUAAGUUAUUUAAUACAGGAUUACAGCAUUAGCAAACACAUUCAACAAACAAAAGAAAAUGAGGCAAGCUGAAAAGCUUUCAUGUGUUAAAAUCACAAGAAUGCAUUCACAUUUUUAUUCCAGUUUUUCGAAGUAAACGGCAUGACUAGACCUUGCACUUUACAAUACUUUUCUUCUCUGCAGUAUUUUUUCACUUGUGAGGCUUUGAAAUGUUCCUGGUAGCACAUGCCUUUUCUAGUAUUUAUAUGGGUAUAGCUAAUGUUAAAGAACAGCUGUGUUAUGACUAAUAUAAACAACAGGGAGUUAAAAGACCAAGAAAUGGAGGCACAAGAACUAUUGUAACAGUCCACCAAAGAAAGAAAUAUCAGAAGAUUGGAAUCUAAAGCAGUAUUCAGGGAAUUAACUAGCAUGUUUUUCUUCCUCUCUCUCUCUCUCUGUUGAAAGGCAGGAGGAAUGUCUCUCACUGGCAACACACCAAGUAAUUGCCUAAACGUCCUGCUAAAUCACUGCAUGUGUGUUAAAAACAUCAUUUCCUAACAGUAUGGCUAGAGUAGUGUUAAAAGCCAUUUACAGGAAGAUUUGUCCACAUAACAUUCAAUAGGUAUUAGUUGACAAGUGAGUCCCCUAGUUUUUUGAGAGUUUCUGGAGGAAUAGAGCUUCCACUUACCCAUCCAUGGAUCAUGGGCCCAGCAACAUUGUUUCAUUCUUGGACAUCAUUUUUCAAGCCAUCACUACUGAUCAGGGUUCCAACUGUUCCAACACAAAAACAGUAAAGUAAUGCAGUUGACUCACAUUUUGGCUAUUAGAAAUUAAAAUUCAUAGUCUUGUGUGUAAUUUGUGCAAGUCUUCUUGAUUAGGUACUUGAGAUUAGAAUAAUGAUUUUUCAAGCUUCAUGCAUAUCCAAAGUGUUACUUGAAGAGAUGUGAGCAUUCUCCCUGAUGACUGAAUGCCUGUACCCCUUCUGUACAUUUAAAAUAGGCUCUUUCAAAUUAGGUAUACAUCUUUCUCAGUACCCUAUAAUGUACUGUUCUGAUGUUAAAUGCUACCAUACACAUUGACACCAAGGAUAUCGCACAUAUGCUAAUGUACAACUUUAGCUCAGACAGCUCCCCUUUGACCCUCCAUGCUUCCUCUAACAUCUUCCUGUCAACAUCUCUCCCUGUGUGAUUAACUAGGAGCAAGUUUAUUUUACUUUAUUUAUAUUUGUUUACCAAGGAAGUACACUGAUCACAACUGACUACUUGCAAGCAAUGCUUGAGCGAAUACUUCACAGACAUGCUUGUAGUAAAGCUUAUAAAAAUGUUUCCUAUAUUGUAUUAGAGUGUAUUGCUACAGUAUAUAACAAUCAGAUGCAGGCAGAAGUAGAAACGGGGCUAGAGUGUGAGGAAAAGAGAUGGAUAGUGUAGAGAUGAAGAAGAUGUUAAUUCUGGAAGAAGAAGGUUAGGUGGUGUCUCCCGUCAGAAAGAACUACAUUGUGACUUGAUUUGGAGAUACCUUUUGUGUUGUGCUCAGAAUGCAGAGUAAGAGGACAGGUCUUUUAGGCAAGUAUGUAGGGAUUCCCAGAGUUUUGUAACAAGAAUAGAGAAUGGUGUGUACAGAGACGUUUAGGAGAGGUGUUUGCAGAACUAGUGUUGUUUGAGAUGCACUCCUGUGGUUCUAUGGAUUGUUUUUGUUGAGCCACAAUUGCACAUUAACUACCAAUGACAUAUAUAAAAUGUAAAAUAAACUGAUCAAAAUCCAUAAAUGUAUCAAGUGAAUAGAAACAUACUGAAUAUUAAAUAAAUAAAAUAAUAAAUAUCUUCUAAUCAAUAAUUUUCAAUGCUAUUAAUCAAUUUAUGAAUUCACAAAGGAAACAAAGAAUAGGAAUUUAGGAAAACAUAAAUUAAAAUGAAAAUAAAAAUAAAUUGUGUCCAAGGAACCAUCAAUAAAACCAAAUGACCAUUACCCCUCCUUACUUAAACAACUAUCCGAUGUAUAAUAGCCAUUUUUUUCUUCUUUUUUUUUGAUUAAAUUCAUCUAUUUGUGCUGGCACCUUUAAGAUUUAAUCGUGUGAUACAAUAUUUUUAAAUUAGAAAAUGAAUUCAGCUUUUCAUUCUGAUGAAGUCAAGUUACAAAAAAUGAAAACAUCUUUUGCAGUAUUGUAUAUUCAUACAUGGUUGCUAAAUAAA